UCGGGCUCGCCGACCGACUUCUUGAAGGGCGUCGUGGGUAAACGCGUGGUCGUCCGACUGACCUCCGGUGUCGACUACAGAGGGAUCCUGUCAUGUCUGGAUGGCUACAUGAACAUCGCGCUUGAACAGACAGAAGAGCAUGUUAACGGGAGGGUAACAAAUCGUUAUGGAGAUGCAUUCAUUCGUGGAAACAAUGUAUUAUAUAUCUCUGCCGCAGAACCCUUGUAG